UUUGAAAAAUCUCUUUCUCUCUCUUAUUUUUUUUAUUUUUUUAAAAGAUCUCUCUCUCUCUCUAACAUUUUAAUCCCUAUUUUCAUUCUUCAAUUCCGGCGAUUUUGUGCCCUCUCUCCAUCAAGUAGAAGCCUGAAUUUGUAGGGUCUCUAUAAAUGGGAAGUUCAUAGCUGGUUUCUAGGAUUGCCGAAACACAAAAAUCAGUAUUGAUUUCUUGGAUUCCGAAACUUUUCUUGGGUUUCUGAAACUUGAAAGUGCGGGUUGCUUCCUGGGGUUUCUAAAUUAGGAGUUUAUUUGGGUCUCUGAUCCUGAAAGUCAAGGUCGAGAAUUUCUUCGACUAUUUCUAUUUGUUUUCCCCUUUUCAGCUGCGAAUUGAGACUGUAAAUGAUAUGCAUCUUUUCAGAUCUUUUGCUUAGUUUGCGUUGAAUGCGUUUUGGGAUUUCUAUAAGUGGAAAGAAGGGUUGUGGCAUGAUUAGUCCUGAAUUUACAGUAACAGGACGAAACUUCCUUUUGAAUCUUUUGGCUGGAGGUGAUUUUUAGGGCUUCCGUGUGUACAGAAGAUUUUUUAAAGGCUUGGUAUAGUUUGGAAUACAAUUUGUUGAUGGAUUGUGAAUGGGGGUUGUUUGACUGUUGAUGAAAUUCUAGGUUUUCUUUUAAGAGAAAUAAGAGGUUGAGGAUUCUCUGGUGAUAGAUUCUACGGUUUUUUAAGUAGAAAGGGUAGAUUGGGUCUUCUUUGAAUUAAAGUUAUUCUGCUUUCUCAAAGAAGGGAGAGGAGCAUUGGUUCUUUUUGUGGAGACGUUUUCUAUCAGUGAAAGAAGCUUUUCCAACCUUUCUUUGUGUUUUGUAGGCCCUGGGAUUAUGCCUUUUAGCUUUCUUGGUUUACAUUAAAUUUUAGCUUUCUUAUUGGCGUGAACUUUUUCUACAGGAGGAAAUAUCUCAAAGUUUUUACAGAGUUGGGUGUACCCUGUUUCUAGAAAGUGCAGUGGGCUUCUACAUUUGGAAGACGCUGUUUUGUUUCCAUAGAUUUUCUGGUCUCUGUUUUUCCUCACGUUUGUUGAAUAUUAGAAUCCCAUAAAUAGUUGAUCUGAAGUUUUAAGCAAGACCUCUAUUCUAUUUCCCAUGUUUGAAGGUUUCCACAAUUGGAAAAAUUUGCUCUGGGUUUUUCAGAUACAGAUCUUGUGAGUUGUUACAUUUCUUAAUCCUUUCAUCACUCAUUUGGAUCCCUCAAAUUUUCAAAAAAAUCAUCAUCCAAAGUUCAAAACUGAGAGAGUUUUGUUGGGAGGCAUUUUUGUUCAGUGAUAUUUGCUCUUGAAAAUCUAGGUUUCUUCUCUCUCGUUCUGUUUAGGAAUUCUGGUUCUACAAUGGUGGCUGUUGAGACUGAUAAUACUUUGGGCAGUCUAGAGGUGAAUGGCUCAGAGAUUGGCGUCCCUAAAGAUGCAAAGAAGAUUUUGAUGUCUUUGGCCUCUAAGUGGAGUGAUGUAGUGGAUGCAGAACAUUUGGAGAUUGUUCCUUUGAAGGGAGCCAUGACGAAUGAGGUUUUUCAGUGUCAUUGGCCAACAGCUGAGGGAGAGGUUCCUCGAAAAGUCCUGCUCAGAAUAUAUGGUGAAGGUGUCGAUAUUUUUUUUGAUAGAGAAGAUGAGAUUAGGACCUUCGAGUGCAUGUCUAAGCAUGGGCAGGGGCCUCGUUUGUUGGGUCGGUUUCAAAAGGGGCGUAUUGAGGAAUUCAUUCAUGCUCGGACACUUUCAGCACCUGAUCUGCAAGAUCCAGAAGUGUCUGCGCUCAUCGCAGCAAAGUUGAGAGAGUUCCAUGAUCUAGAUAUGCCUGGUCCAAAGAACGCUCGCCUUUGGGAUCGACUGAGGAGUUGGCUCAAGGAAGCCAGAAAAGUGUGUCCUCCAGAGGAAGCUAAAGACUUUCGCUUGGACAUUAUGGAAGAAGAGAUAAAAUCUCUACAACAAGAACUCUCAGCAGAUAAUCAAAAGAUUGGGUUUUGCCAUAAUGAUCUUCAGUAUGGAAAUAUUAUGAUGGAUGAAGAGAACAAAUCAAUAACCAUAAUUGACUACGAAUACUCUUGUUACAAUCCUGUUGCAGUUGAUAUUGCAAAUCACUUCUGUGAGAUGGCUGCUAACUACCAUACUGAGACACCUCAUAUUUUGGACUACAGCAAAUACCCCGAUCAUGAGGAGCGCAAAAGGUUUGUAGAGGCAUACCUCAAUUCAUCAGGUGAACAGGCGAGUCAUGCUGAAGUUGAACAACUUUUGAAUGAUGCUGAGAAGUACACACUUGCCAGCCAUCUUAUUUGGGGCCUAUGGGGAAUCAUCUCCGCGCAUGUAAACGAUAUCGCCUUUGACUACAGGGAUUAUGCAAGACAGAGGUUCGAGCAAUACUGGACGAAGAGGGCCGCAGCUUCAAGUUCUUCUCUGUCUACUUGAAUUUGUCAUGUACUAUAUGACUGUUUUUCUUUUUCAAAAGGGGUUUGGUUAGCUAGGAUAUAGUUCUUUCAUUUGUUAACUGAUUGUAAUUUGUAUAAUAAUGAUUGAAAUGUACAUAUAUGCAAACAAGAUUGCUAUUGCACGAGUAGUUGCUCAGGAGCUCGAUAUUGAUAUUUGUAUGCCACAUCGGGAAACAUGUUGCUUGGGA